AAAGUAUUUUUAAAAAACCAUUACACUCUUUUUAACCCUAAUUUAAAGCUAUGGCUAAUCCCAUUAACCGUUAGAAACCUGAACACUCUCAAAAAUGAAUUUUGACCCUUGCUUUUGUAAACCAACCAAACUGUCUUUAGAAGUGACAUUAUCUGAGACAACACAUAACUUCAAGUGUACAACAUUUGAAGGACUCAAACCCACAAAAAGUUUUGUGAUGUUAUGAGGCAAGUGAAGCAAAUCCAUGGUUACACUCUAAGAAAUGGCAUAGACCAAACCAAAAUCCUCAUUGAGAAGUUACUUGAAAUCCCAAACCUGCACUAUGCACACACGGUGUUGCAUCAUUCCCCAAAGCCAACCCUUUUUCUCUACAAUAAGCUCAUUCAAGCCUAUUCCUCCCAUCCCCAACACCAGCACCAAUGCUUCUCCCUUUACUACCAAAUGCGCCUUCAUGGCUUCGCACCAAACCAACACACUUUCAACUUCCUCUUCUCUGCAUGCACUUCCCUAUCUUCCCAUUCCCUUGGCCAAAUGCUCCAUACCCAUUUCACCAAAUCAGGCUUUGAACCUGACCUCUUUGCAGCCACUUCUUUGCUUGAUAUGUAUUCCAAAGUGGGCAUGUUGGGACUGGCCCGCCAAUUGUUUGAUGAAAUGCCUGUAAGAGGGGUGCCCACAUGGAAUGCUAUAAUGUAUGGGUAUGCAAAAUUUGGUGAUAUGGAGGGAGCGUUAGAGUUGUUUGGAUUGAUGCCUAAAAGGAAUUUGGUGUCAUGGACCACCAUGAUAUCUGGUUACUCACGAAACAAACGGUUUGGUGAGGCUUUGGGGUUGUUCCUGAAGAUGGAGAAGGAGAAAGGCAUCGUGCCCAAUGAAGUAACCUUGGCAAGCAUUUUGCCAGCUUGUUCAAAUCUUGGAGCAUUGGAGAUUGGGCAGAGGGUUGAAGCAUACGCAAGGAAGAAUGGGUUCUUUAAGAAUUUAUAUGUGAGCAAUGCUGUAUUGGAGAUGUAUGCAAAAUGUGGUAAGAUUGAUGUUGCUUGGCGGGUGUUCAAUGAGAUUGGCAGGUUCAGAAACUUGUGCUCUUGGAAUUCAAUGAUCAUGGGUUUGGCUGUCCAUGGACAAUGUUGCAAGGCCUUUGAGCUUUAUGAUCAAAUGCUGGGGGAAGGAACUUCACCUGAUGAUGUGACAUUUGUUGGGCUCCUCUUGGCAUGCACUCAUGGAGGCAUGGUUGAAAAAGGCAGACAUAUCUUCAAGUCAAUGACCACAUCCUUCUACAUUAUUCCCAAACUAGAGCACUAUGGAUGCAUGGUUGAUCUUCUAGGCCGUGCCGGGCAAUUGAGAGAAGCCUAUGAGGUAAUUCAAAGUAUGCCCAUGAAACCAGACUCAGUGAUGUGGGGGGCUUUGUUGGGAGCUUGCAGCUUCCACGGUAAUGUGGAACUGGCUGAGAUUGCGGCUGAGUCUCUAUUUGUACUUGAGCCUUGGAAUCCUGGGAACUAUGUUAUUCUUUCCAACAUAUAUGCAUCAGCUGGCCAAUGGGAUGGAGUUGCAAAGCUCAGGAAAGUCAUGAAGGGCAGCGAAAUUACAAAGUCAGCAGGACAUAGUUUCAUUGAAGAGGGAGGUCAACUGCAUAAGUUCAUUGUGGAAGAUAGAUCACAUCCUAAAAGUAACGAAAUUGUUGCGUUGCUUGAUGGAGUUUAUGAAAUGAUAAAUCUUAAUAGAAGUGCAUUUGAAUAUCAUUUGGAUCUUGAUUUUAGCAACUAACCAUAAAGAGUUCGAUUCAUAGUGGAUAUGGCAAA